AUGAGAACAGAGCCCACCCGUGCAGCAGGAAACACCACGCUGGGGUCCUCUGAGACCUGCCACACACCCUAUGAGGAGAGCAGAGUGGUCCUGAUGGUGGUGUACAGCGCAGUGUGCAUGCUGGGCCUGCCGGCCAACUGCCUCACUGCAUGGUUGACACUGCUGCAGGUGCUGCAGAGAAACGUGCUAGCGGUCUACCUGUUCUGCCUGUCACUCUGCGAGCUGCUCUAUAUUAGCACGCUGCCACUUUGGAUCAUCUACAUCCGGAACCAGCACAGCUGGAGCCUGGGUCCGCAGGCCUGCAAGGUGACGGCUUACAUCUUCUUCUGCAACAUCUAUAUCAGCAUCCUCUUGCUGUGCUGCAUUUCCUGCGACCGCUACCUGGCAGUGGUCUACGCACUGGAGAGCCGAGGCCACCGCCACCAGAAGACGGCCAUCUUCAUUUCUGCCGGUGUGUUUGCUCUUGUUGGACUGGUGAACUACCCGGUGUUUAACCUACCGAUGGAGAAGAGCUCCUGCUUUGAGCCCCUGAGGGUGAACGCUACCAUAGCCACCUACCACUACCUGCGGUUUACCUUUGGCUUCGCCGUCCCUCUCGGCACUCUAGCGUUCACCAAUUACCGAGUUUUCAGGAGCAUCAAGCUGAGCACGAGCCUGAGCGCGGCCCAGAAGGCUAAGGUGAAGCACGUCGCCAUCGCGGUUGUCGCCAUCUUCCUGGUCUGCUUUGCCCCCUACCACCUGGUGCUCCUCGUCAAGGCUGUCAGCUUUUCCUUCUUCAGGGGAGCCAUGGAUGCUGUGUGUGCCUUUGAAGGCAGACUGUACACCGUCUCCGUGGUGUUCCUGUGCCUGUCCACAGUUAAUAGUGUGGCCGACCCCAUCAUCUAUGUGCUAACUACAGACCAUUCUCGACAAGAAGUGUCCAGAAUCCACACGGGGUGGAAAAAGUGGUCCACAAAGACGGAGGUUACAUACUUAAAGGACUCAGAGGAGACACGCUCACCCACAGCGCUUGCACACACCUACACCUUCCCCAAGCCUGUGCAUCCUCCAGGGUCACAGCCGGCUGAGCCGGGUUUACAGUGCUCCGCAGAAAGACUGCCUGAGGAAUUCUGCUAA